AUGGCCUUACAUCCAGAAUUCAGAGGCUCCAAUCCAGAGCAUUUUCUAGUGCUCAAAUGCAGGAGGAUUGGUCCACACUACAGUACUUCGUACUUAACAGAUAUAGUAUGGUGGUCUGGCACUAUUGCAAUGGCUCUGGGUCAAAUAGGGAAUUUCUUGGCCUACACUGCAGUUCCAACUGUGCUAGUGACGCCCUUGGGAGCUCUUGGCGUUCCAUUUGGGUCUAUUUUAGCUUCUUACUUACUGAAAGAAAAGCUGAACAUUCUUGGCAAGCUGGGAUGUUUGCUGAGCUGCGCUGGGUCUGUUGUUCUCAUCAUCCAUUCCCCUAAGUCUGAGAGUGUAACGACUCAGGCUGAGCUUGAAGAGAAGCUUACGAAUCCAGUUUUCGUGGGUUAUCUCUGCAUAGUGCUGCUAAUGCUUCUCCUCCUUAUCUUCUGGAUAGCUCCAGCUCAUGGACCUACUAAUAUCAUGGUUUACAUCAGUAUUUGCUCUCUGUUGGGCAGUUUCACUGUUCCCAGCACAAAAGGCAUUGGGCUGGCUGCUCAAGAUAUCUUUCACAAUAACCCCUCAAGUCAAAGGGCUCUGUACCUCUGUUUGGUACUUCUGGCAGUAUUAGGAUGUAGCAUUAUCAUUCAGUUCAGAUACAUCAAUAAGGCACUGGAAUGUUUUGACUCCUCUGUGUUUGGUGCCAUCUACUAUGUUGUGUUUACCACUCUAGUCCUGCUGGCUUCAGCCAUCCUUUUCAGGGAAUGGAGUAAUGUAGGAGUGGUUGAUUUCUUGGGAAUGGCUUGUGGAUUCACCACAGUGUCUAUUGGAAUUGUUCUUAUACAAGUCUUCAAGGAAUUCAACUUCAAUAUCGGGGAUUUAAAUAAACCUAACAUGAAGACAGAUUAA